AUGCGUCUCCCCUACGCCCCCCAGGAACCCCCCUCCGCGGACCCCGACACGGUCGCCAUCUACCAGCGCAUCGCCGAGCGCCGGCACCCCCGCCCCCUCAUCCCGCUCGACCUCUCGCUGCUCCACGCGCCCCCCGUCGCCGACGGCUGGAACAGCUUCCUCGGCGCCAUCCGCACACGCACCCAGGUCGACACCGGUCUCCUGGAAAUGGCCGUCUGCCGCGUCGCCGUUCUCAACGGCGCCGUCUACGAGUGGAACUCCCACGCCCCGCUGGCCCUCAAGGGCGGCAUCCCGCCCGCCGCCCUGCACGCUGUGCGCCAUCUGGGCCCCACCGCCACUGGAGAGGACCUUGCCGGUGCUCGCGCCGCCCUCGAUGCCGAGACCGCGCUGUCUACCGCCCAGCGUGCUGUCGUUCGCUACGUUGACGAGAUGACCCAGACGGUGCGUGUCGCUGACGAUACCUUUGCGGGCUUGCAGGCCGACGCCGGCCUCUCUGACCGUGAGAUCGUUGAGUUGACUACUGGGAUUGCCGGGUAUAACUGCGUCAGUCGCGUGCUGGUGGCGUUGGAUGUGGGGGAGAAUAAUGGGCGGGAGAUGAAGAGUGUGGAUGAGUUAGUGGCGGCGCUGUGA